AUGGGACACUAAAAUGUAGCGUACAUGAAAUAUAUUAGUAAUAAUAACCCAAUAAUAUAAUACAAAUUUAACAUUGGCAGGUGGUGUAGUACAACUUGUCAUACUUAAAGUACAUUUAUCAGAUAAUACUUAGUCUUUCACUUAAGUAAGACUUGGAAAGCAAAGCUCGGUCUUUGUCUAAUGUGGUACUCUGCAGUCUAUGGUAGUACUCUACACAGUGUUAUUCCUACUUUUUAAGAAUUUAAGAAUACUUAUUCUACCACGAGCACUGCUCAUAACAUAGUUAUAUUUUAACCUUAGGGGUAUUCUUUAUAACAAGUACUGCACUUUUACUCCUGUCCGGUAGGUGGCAGUACUCAUUGUUAGUCAUGUGGCUAACGUUACAUACGAUGCUCUGUUUACAAAGAGAAGAAGAAAGAGGGAUAACAGGCUAGGUUAACGUUAGCUUGAAGAGAAGUAGAUUCGUAAUAGUAUAGAAAUUAGUCAGUUCUAUACUACUGACGUGAACUGGAUAACGUUUUUAAAGCGACGUAAUGUUGGGUAAUGUUACUGAAUAAAGAGCCCUCGCGCAUCUUGAAUUAGCAUGUUUGUAUGUGUCUUAAAGCGAAUGCUAAUGCUAGGCUUAAGCUCGCUAACCAUGUUAGCUCACACGUAUGCUAACUAACGUUAACUUAUUUUUUUACGGCUACAAAGGUAGCUAGAUGUUAACCGUUGUAUUAUUCUGAGAGAUCCAUUGACUCACUGCAAACUGUAUUUUGGUCAAUUUAAUGUGUGGAACAAUGUUUAAAAUAAGCAAACUAGCUACUAGCUUACUAACGUUACAUAGUUUACUGUAAUAACGUUACUGUCAGUCCGACAGUUUGCUACCAUAGCUAGAGCAUUGUAGCUAGAGACUAUUAUUCUGACUGACUUUCAUUGAAGUAAUAGUGAACUGGUAAAGCUUCCAACUUGCUCAAGCUACACCACUCUUCAUGGCUGCUUUAGGCUUUACUCCUGCCAGCGGGCAGGAUAUUUUCAGCUUCGAAACAACCGAACUAUCGAGCUCUAACACGAGCAGUGCACUUAAUGGGGAAGAAGUCAGGCAGUUCUAUGAGAAUUUAAUGAAAGAUGGUAAAGGGCAAGAUGUAUCAAGGAGAAGUGCAAUCAGCAGGAAAGAUUGUGGCAGAGAGCAUCAGCCUAAACAGAGGAUCAGAGAGUCCAGUAGAAGAGCGAGGAGGCGAGUCAGUGCUGCAGAGAUGCAGCAGGGUCAAACAGAACAUGUCGGUCAAAGUGGGAUUAGUGGUGAAACGGUCCCAAGAAGACAGGCAAGCAUCUCAGAAAGCACCAUGGAGCUCCUGGGGCUCAGGUUGCUGCGUUGUGCCCACGAAGGGGACAUCUCUGCCCUCAAAGACCUUCUCUCAAAAGGGGUUGACAUCAACGUCCAGGAUACUUACUUCUGGACGGCGGUGAUGUGUGCAAGCUGGUCCGGCCAGAGAGCUGCAGUGAGGCUGCUGCUGCGACGCGGAGCAGCCUGGGUCGGAGUGGUGGAUACACGGGGCAGGGAUGCCAAAGACCUGGCGCUGGAAGCGGGACACAAUGAGGUUUUGGAGGAGUUGGAGAGCUUUGGGAGAAGUACACAGAGAGACACACACUCUGAUUACAGGUUAGCAUACUCUCAGUUGUAUACGUGGUGUGCUGUGUGUCGUAACGAGUACAGCAGCAGCCUGUCAUCACAUGUGUCCUCCACUCUCCAUCAGUUCAGUCUGCGGCGGGCUCCGCCCACCCCCUACUACUGCCUCCCCCCGUCCAGCAACAGCUACAAGAUGAUGGUUCGUUGUGGCUGGAAACCGGGUUCAGGGCUGGGGCCAGAGGGAGAGGGGCCUCAACAGCCAGUGCCAACUGUGCUGAAGAGAGACCAGACAGGCCUGGGCUUUGGACACGUGAAGAGAGCCAAAGUGACUCACUUCCAACCCAGGGAUCGUGACGCAGUGAAAGCACCAUCUAAGAGGAGAGAGGAGAGAGGAGGGAAAGGACAGAGGAAAGAAGAAAGUAGGAGAAAGGAGCAAAUAGAUAAGAGCUGGGAAAGAGAUUUCCGUGCCUCGUUUUAUCUUUGACACCUGCUCACAGGGACUUCUCCUCAAGCCUCUCUCUCAACACUUCUCUGAAACAUUAAACGGAUCUAUUAUGAAGACAAUUUGUACCUGCUUUUUGUUUACUUUUCACUUUGCAGGUUUUUGUAAAGCUGCUGGGAUAAAUUUGAAUACCAUGACGAUCUCAAAGCUGAUACUGGGUCCAUAUGUGCAAUGACCAAAUGUGCCAUCGGUGUGAUUAAAUCUCUGUGUGACCAAAUAUGGUUUGCUGUUGUUGAUCCGCUAAGACUGUUUCAAAAAGUAAAGUGAAUGGAUUUUAUUUUGCAUUUAUUAAAAAAAUAAUACACAUACUGUGAAUCAUGGUUCAUGAUCUAUGAAAAGAAACAUUUUUUGUCAAAGAGCCAUGUUGAUAUGUUUUAUAAUACAAUAGAAAACAUUACUGAGGCAUAGCAACCCUUUAUGAGUGCUAAUGGAAGGAAAAAUAUAUUUAAGUUGUCUUGUAGUUUCUCCUGAGUGACUGCAGUAAUGCUGUGAAAGUUUCUUUGAGUCACAUGCUUGUGCAUAUCUGCCAUAUGAGUCUAUCACUGCUGUGUUAUCGCUUCCUCACAUUGGGCCUAGUGAAACAUGCCUUACCUAUUCUUGACAGGUGGCCAUUUAAAGACUCUUGGACAACUCCCCCAAUGAGCUUUGUCUACCAACGUCGGUAUCAACUUUCAAUCACAAGUUCAAUCUUUUUUUAUAUGUUUUGUACUCCAAUCCAAGGGUCCGGUAAUAAAUACUGUUGAACAAUG